AUGGCCCAAAUAGGAGAGCUGCAGCAGGCCAAGAGCCCUAGAUCAGAACUGCACAGGCCAGAGAGCCCAGAACAAAGCCCACAGGGGCCAGAGAGUGCCCCGGGGAGAAUAAGGAGGCCCAGCAGCCAGAGGAGGCCCAGAAGAGGAGCCCACAGGCCCAGAAGAGCCCAACUAGACGCACAGCCGAGAGGGCCCAAAACAGACCCAGCAGGACCUGAGACCCAGAACAGAGCCGCAGCAAGCCAGAGGAGCCCCAAGAACCCAGCAGCCAAGAGCCCAAACAAACCGCACAGGGCCAAAGAGGCCCAAAUAGUAGCCCCGCACAGGCCAGAAAAGGCCCAAACAGGAGCCGCAGCAGGGCCAAGGAGCCCCAGAACAGAGCUCAAGCAGGCCGCGAGGAGGCCCAGAACAGACUCACAGGCCAGAAGAGGCCCCAGAACAGGAGCCCCGCAGCAGGGGCCAAGAGGGCCCAGAACAAGGAGCCCGCACAGGCCAGAGAGGUCCCAUACAGAGCCGUCAGCAACCAAGCCCAAACAGAAACCAGCAGGCCAAAGGGCCCAGAACAAGCCGCCAGCAGGGCCAAGAUUGCCCCAGAACAGGAGACGCAGCAGGGGCCAAGAGCCCAGAACAGGCCGCAGUCAGGUCCAGAGAGCCCAUAACAACCGCUCAGGGUCCAGAGGAGGCCCAGAACAGGACCCCAGGCCCCCAAAGCCCAAACAGAGCUGCAGCCGGGCCAAGGAGGGCCCAAACAGAGCCCAGCAGGCCAGAGAGGCUCCAAUUAGGAGCUGGCGACAGGCGGCCAGAGAUGCCAGAACAACCGCAGCAGGGCCAAGAGACCAAACAAGCCCCACAGCAGCCAAGAGGGCCCAAACAAACCGCACAGGGCCAAAGCCCAAAAAGGAGCCCAGCAGGACCCAAGCAGGCCAAGAGACACCAAACAGGAGCCGCACAGCCCAGAUAGCCCAAAAACCGCAGCAGCCAAGGAAGGCCCAGAACAAGCCGAAGCAGGGCCAUAGGCCCAGAAUAGACUGCAGCAGGCCAAAGCCCAAACAGACCGCACAGGGCGAAGAGGCCCAAAACCUCGCAUCAGGCCAAGAGCCCAGAACAAGCCGCACAGGGCCAAGUAGGGCCCAAACUGAGCCCAGCAGCCCAAGAGGCCCAACAAGCACGCAGCAAGGCCAGUUGAGGCCCAAACAGACCCACAGGCCAAGAGGGCCCAAACAGAGCCGCAGCGAGGGCAGAAGGCCAGAACAAGCCCAGCAGCCAGAGGACCCCAAACAGAGCCGCAGCUGCCAAGAGGCCCAUAACAGAUCCGCACAGGCCAGAGGAGGGCCCAAACAGACCGCAUCAGGCCAGAGGAGGCCCAGAACCAGAGCCGCACAGCCAGAGAGGGCCAAGAACAACUGCAGCAUGGCCAGAGGAGGGCCCAGAACAGUGCCCAGCAAGGGCUCAGAAGGGCCCAGAACAGAGCCCACAGGGGCCAAAGGCCCAGAACAGGCGCCGCAGCAGGGCCAAGGAGCCCAAACAGAGCCGCAGCAGGCCAAAGUAGGCCCAGAACAACCAACAGGGCCCAGAGCAGGCCAGAGGAGGCCCAGAACAGGACCGCACAGGGGCCAGAGUAGGGCCCAGAACAGGAGCCGCAGCAAGGGCCAGAGUACCCAGAAACAAGCCGCACAGGGCCAAGAGGCCAGAACAGGACCCAGCAGCCAGAAAGGGCCCAGUACAGGAAUCCACAGGCCAGUAGGGCCCAAACAGAACCCAGCAGGCCAAGAGGCCCAAACAGUGCAGCACAGGGGCCAGAGGAGCCCCCGGUGGGGGGGAAACAGACCCAAGCAGGAUCCAAGAGGCCCAGAACAACCACAGCACCAAGUAGCCCAGAACAGAUCCGAAGCAGGGCCAAAGGGCCCAGAACAGAGCCUGCAGCAGGGCCAGAGAGGGCCCAGAUACAGGAGUCUGCACAGGGGGCCAAAGGCACCCAUAACAGAGCCGAGCCCACAGGCCCAGAGUAGCCCAAUAACAGCACUGCAGCAGGGCCAAGAGGACCAGAACAGGAGCUGCAGCACGGUGGCCAAAGGCCCAGAACAGAGCCGCAGCAGGCCAGAUAGGCCCCAGAACAGACCAGCACAGGGCCAGAGGAGGCCCAUAACAGAGCUGCAAGCAGGCCAAGGAGCCCAAACAGAGCCUGCAGCAGGCCACAAGACCCAGAACAGGACCCAGCUGGCCAAGUAG